GCACAGGGCCAGCAGUGGGAGCAGGGCCAGUGCUGGCAGAGGGGCUGAGGGUGCUGGCUGGCGCGUUUGCAGCUUGUCACGUCCGCAGAGACGGGGCACGGCCGUGUGUGGGAAGCCUGACGGUGUUUGACCCCAGUGCUCUCCACUCCGGCUGCUGCCAGCUGUACCCCAGGGGAGCUGGGCUGCCAGUCACGGCACCUGCUUGGACCCCCCAUCUGGGCACCCUGCGACCCGCAAGGUACCAAGGCCACCUUCAGCCCCUGGCCAGGCACAGCCGAGACGCUGGCCGCUGACAUCCCCACAGCCAAGCGCUCAGGCCGGGGGGCAGGUGAGCAGCCCCGGAGGGCGCCCGGGGACGCCCUUCCCGUGCCCUGAGCCAAGGGAGGAAGCGGCCGGAGGCAGGAAGCCGAUCCCCGGGCCCGGGGCCCCCGCCGCGAUUUUGCUGGAAGGUCAGUGGCGACACAACAGGAAAUCGCGCUGCCUGGGCUAGGCGGCCCGGCCGGAGCCGGAGAGCUGCGCCCUGCCGCCCCAGGGGCGCCCCCGGCCCCCGGCCCUCCGUCCCGGCUGGGCAGCUCGCGGGGAGCCCGCGCCACCACCGCCCUCCAUGGAAGGGGGACGGGAGCUGGGGAGCAGCCGCUGGCCGCAGGGUGGAAGAUACAGGGCCGAAGCCCCCAGCUGAGCAUGGAGCUGAACAGUGAGUGCGUGGCUAAAAGGGGGGAACGGGAACCAGCAGGAAGGGGCAUUGUGUGGGCAGCGGACAUCACAGCCACACAGCCAGAGCGUUCCCUGCAUGGGCGCCGCAAGGGAUGAGCCCCACAGAUGGGCAGCAGACCCAAGAGGGUGGCUCUGGCUUGGUUGGACCUGGCUUCCACCUGGACGCAAGGGCAGUCAAGCAUCUCUCCAUGCCCAUCCCAGGGAAGCAGGCUGCGCUGAGGGCUUUUGGGGACAGAUGCAGUGCCAAGGCAGGCGGCGAGGCAGGUGGAUGCACAGAGGGCCUUUGAAGAGGAAAUGCCUCUUGCCAGGAUGGGCAGUCACUGGGCACAGCAGCCACCUGGCUGAGAGGUGUGCAGGGCAGCAGCAUGCCAGUGGCACUGGGGAAGGCAGUGCUGGCAGGCGAGCCCUCGGCCGGAGCAGCAGCAAGUAGCAGACUAGCACUGCAGGAUGCUGCAAGCAGGGAUUUUUCCCAAAGCGCACGUCACACCCAGAGCUGCUCCUGGCACAGAUCGGGAGAGUUGCUCCCAGUCUGUGCAGGGAAUGCAACCCUGCUCCCCACCUGCAACAGUCGAAAAACCUGGCACAGAUGUGACUGUGCAGCCCCCUUGGCACACACCACCAGCACGGAAACCCUGGCUCUCCCCAGCGAGCACCGGGCACCCGCACUGACUGACCCAAGGGCGGCAGCAGGCCCUCCUCAGCCUCCCUAGACCUCUCCCUGCACCCCUACCGCAGGGCUGCCAAGGCCACCACUGGGCUGCGGCGAGAUCUUACCACCGCAGACAUGGCCCUGGGCUGCAGCUGCCCAGGGAGGCAUGGCACAGUGCCCAUGGUAACCCUGUCUCCCCCAGGACUGCUCCUCCUCACAUCCUUCCUCCUGCAUAUGGAAGAGGGCCGUGCCAGCCUAACACGGUUGGUCUGUGACAACAGACUCAUCCAGAAGUACAUCGGAGAGGCCAAGGACAUGGAGAAGAGAGUGGGCCAGUGCCAGGCACUGCCUGCACUCAACCCACCUGCGGUACUGCCCUUUGUGGGCUUCAGCCACCAAGAGUGGAAAUCCAAAUCGAAUGAGACCAAGCGGCAGGAGAUCCUGUGUGACCUGGCACUGCUGGUGGGUGCCGUGGCAGGGGCCCAGAGCCAAGUGACUGAGGAGUGUGGGUCCAGGCAGCUGAACCAGCUUUACCAACAUGCCAACUCCUUCCUCCUGCUCCUGCAGACCUUCAGCUGGGAGGCAGGACCCUGGGAGCCAGGCUGCUCCCAAGGCUCCAUGGAGCAGACCCAAAUCACUGGCAUCUUUCUCACCUACCGGCAACUGGUGCAGGGCAAGCUGCACUUCUUCUUCAACGACCUGGCCAAGAACUUGUGCAAGCAAGGCUAAGGGUGUGACAGAGAGCCUUGGUGCAGGGCCCAGUGAGGCUGCACACAGGGUUCACCAUCGAUCCCAGGUCAGAGCAAUCCCGCUGGACACUGAGCUGUGCUCUGGGUGCCCAGGAAGGUGUCUUCAGGGAAAGGGUUGGCUCCUGUUCCUCAAGCUUUCAGCAACUGCAUGGCCCAUGGAGGCAGACAGCAGCAACACCCACGCACCAGUGGGCAGAAGCCCUGCUCCCACUCCGGCAAGCACCUCUACUGUGAAUGCUUUACAAUUAAAGAGCUAUUUUUCUAAAGAGUUGUUUAUAUCCUC